AUGACAGUUAUUGUUUUUCUGCUUGACAACAGCGCAGCAAUGAACCAGCGCACUUUUCAAGGCACUACGUUACUAGACGUAGCAAAAUCUGCGAUAGAGAUUUUUUUCAAAAUAAGGAUGAGCAAAUCAAGAGUAGAUCGUUAUUUUGUGCUUACUUUGAAUUCUGACAUAAGUUAUGUCAAACUUACCGGUUGGAAACAGAAUGUUGAUCUUCAGUUACUUCAUUCUGCCUUAAAUAAUAUUAAACCAGACGGUUUGGUUGAUUUGUCAACUGGUAUUCAAAGAACAUUCCGGAUGUUAAAUAUAAAUAGAUUGCAACUCGGACUGGAAAAUUAUGGGAUGGGGAUUUAUCCAUCAUGUAUUGAACCCUCUGUAAUAAUAUGUAUUACUACUAGCAUAGGCUCAUACAGUUUUGAUGGCCAAAUUUUCAAUGAUGCAUCUAUAACUUCCAUAGAAUCUGCCGUUCUUGGGAAUGUUUUGACAAAAGAGACUUUCCGUUGGGAUUACCGCAUGUAUUCUCUGGUACUUCGUUUUCCCGCAUUUGUCAGUAAUAUUCAUGGCGGUAGCUCCAUAAGAUCAGAAACAAUCUCGCCGCUUAAAAGACUUGCGGAAGAAACUGGCGGUGAAAGUUUUGAUGUUUACGACGGUCGGGAACUCCACCAAUGUCUUGACUCUCUUGUCACAAAAUGCCAACCUGGCGUGGUUUUAAAAUUACGAAGGUCUACUGACUGCGUUGAUGCGGCUCUCCAAGAGAAAUUCGUAAAGCAGUUGAUGUCAGUUAAGCUAAUGGGAAGGUCAUCGUCUUGGCCUAUCCCAGAACAAUUUUGGCCUGAUGAUGAGAUGCUAGCAUCAGAGUUGGUAUGUCGAGAGUAUUUUUAUAUUUCCAUUGAAGCCACCUAG